AUUAAUUAAUGAUUUAUAUUUUAGGAAUUCGAGAUAAACAUCAAUAAUCACACUCGAUUGAUUCAAAAUCAUAAACAAUUACUCGAUAGCCGUAGAGCUAGUUUAAAUUUUUUUGAAAUCGUAGAAGAUAGUGUCAAGCGAAAUUCAGUAGAUUUUUCUGAUGUCAACGAAAAUUCUAAAAUAUCUAAUACCGCAAUCAGUAUGUCCAAGUCAUCACCGUCAAUCGAUCGCAUCAGUCAUGAUAAUGAAUGUUUACUUUCAUUACCCCUAGAUAAUAUUGUCUUAUCCGACGAUAAAGCUGUUUCUGGCACUAACAUAUCUCAAAAUUUUCUUUCAUCAUCUAAUCAGCCUGAUCUUUCAUCGAAACAUAUUUUUGAUAUUUUACUUGAUAAUAAAAUUACUACAAACUCACUUGAAAUAAAUUGUGACUCUGAACAAGGAAAUCAAGUAUCGUCAGAAGAUGUACCGAUAUUAAAUGAACUAAAUUUUCAACUCAAUCAAUCCCAAAGUAAAAUAUCUAAUUUAGAAAAUUUAGCUUUUACACAAAGCAACAAAUUAAAUCAAAAAUGUAUUGAAGAAAUUAAACAUCUAAAAAAACAAGUCCAAAUGUAUUCGCAAACUACAAAUAUUCUCAUUACAGAGAAGGCGGAUCUUAAUAAAUUAGUUUCUCACUAUCAAAUAUUAAUAGAAAACAAAAAUCAAAUUAUUAAAGGAAUUAAAUCGAGAAUUCAAUUCAAGUGAGCAUCGUUGCAACGAAUUACAAAACAACUUAUUACAAAUGCAACAACUUGUUUCUGAAAUAGAAGAGUCACAUAAACUUUUGCAAUAUAAUCAUAAAAAUCUUGAUAAUAAAUUUAAUGAUUUAGAACAGUGUAAUAAAGAGCAAAAGCUAGAAAUUACGGAAUUACAACAAAAUUUGAAUUUAAAAAAUAUUGACCUGGAAAGACUCUCUCAAGAAGUUCAAGAGAAUAACAAAAUAUUGGUAUUAGCAGAGCUUAAACUUCAACAAUUAACAAAUAAAUCGCAACACUCAAAUUUACUCGAAGAUCAAAAUCAAAUUCAUACAAUGGUUGAAGAAGAAUCAUCAAAGUUACAUGAACACCUGAAAACCUUCAAUGCAGAAAAAUUAGAAAUCUUUAAUCACUACGAGAACUAUGUUAAACAAUUACUUAAUAAAUGUGAGAUUAUGAGUAAAGAUUUACUAAAGUCACGGACCAUAAUUGAAAAUUUAAAAGAACGUGAAGAGAAUUUAAAAAAACUAUGUCAUCAAGGAACACAGGAAGUCGAAUCAUUUCUUUCUCAAGAAACAAAUAAGAUUCAUGAUGAAUAUUUCAAUGAGAAAAUGAAUUCUUUCUUGCAAACCCAGGAAUGUCUUACAAACACUUUAAGUGAAAAAGAAAUAGAGAUAGAACUACUGAAAAAAGAGAUAACAGAACUACAAGAACUAAAAAAUCAAAAUAUUGAAAUUUCAAAAUUAGCGUCAGCAUUAGAAAGCGAACAGUUAGGAGCAUCUAGGGCUAUUUCCCAAAAUCAACAACUUAAAAAGCAAUUGAGUGAAAUGCAAGAUGCAUUUUCCACACUUAGUAAUACGAAAGUGGAUCUGACUCAACAGUUACACUAUGAGUUGAAAGUAAAUGAAGAAUUAAUGUCUCAAUUGAAUUCAUUAAUCUUCAAAAAUGAACAGUUACAAAAUGAGUUAGAUAAAAAGAUAGCUAUAAUAAACACGAUGGAAAUUGAAAAUCUCAAAUACCAACAUACUUUGGAUUCACAGGAGAUGUGUGAAAUUACGAAUCAGAAGUUGAACUUUGACAAUGAAACAGUUAAUAAUGAUUCACAAAUUCAAAAUGGUGAACUAAUAAAAGAAGAUAAUAACUAUUUGUUAACGACCAAAAAAAUUAACGAAAAUUUUGGAGAAUCUAGAGAAACACAUACUUAUGCGCACGAUUUGAUUACUGAGCCAAGAAAAAAACUAGAAACAAGAUUUAAAGAUCUGAUGGAAAAAGUAGCAGAGUUAACUGAUGAAAAACAACGUUUAGAACACUUAGUUUUACAACUUCAAGGAGAAACUGAAACUAUAGGUAAAUAA